AUGGCUUGGUUACAGUCAUAUCUGUUAGUGAUACUUGCAACAAGAAUAUGGGCCGUACACAGAGAAGUUAUUACGAAGAGCAGCUUAACAUUUGUUAUUGACGAUACAGCCUCGAUGCAGGAGGAAAUACGUCAAGUAAAAGAGACUGUUGACUCCAUUUUUGACACUGUAACUACAUCAAAUAAAUCUCAAAUAGAAAACUUUGUUUUGGUCACCUUUAAUGAUCCAGAUGCCAAACUACUCACCGUAACCAAAGAUCGUACAAAGUUUAAGACAGCCUUAUGGAACAUAAACAUACAUGGUGGAGGCGAUUGCCCCGAAUAUUCCAUGAAAGGUAUUAAAAUUGGUCUAGAAAACAGUUUACCCCUUUCUUAUAUGUAUGUGUUUACUGAUGCCUCAGCUGCAGAUUACACUCAAUUUGAAGAAAUCAAGAGUAUUGCACAGAAAAAUCAAAUUCAGGUAACCUUUCUGUUGACUGGUGACUGCAGUUCUAGAGCCAAUCCAGAUUAUCAAGUAUACCAUAAAGUAGCGAAGGCCACAUCAGGGCAAGUUUUUAACAUGAUGAAACAGGAUGUGAAAGAUGUAUUAGAGUAUGUGGUGGAAACAAUUAAAGGCAGGGAUAAUAUACUGGUUGAUAAAACAUUACCAUCUGGCUUACAUGAUGUUGAGUUUAAAGUUGAUAAAAAAAUGGAGAAUGUAACUAUAUCUGUUUCUGGUUCUAAUCCUACUGUAAAAGUAAAAGAUCCAGGUGGCAAAAAGUUAGAAACUAAAGAUAUUGUUAACAAAAGUGAAAUAAAGAUAGUAGGUGUUCCAAAAGGAGAACCUGGUGUAUACACAGCAAAGGUUGGCAGCACAUCAAAUAAAUCUAUGGAAAUACAAAUCCUGUCAAUUCAGCUACUCGGCGACGGAGUAAUACUUCAAAGUGCAAAAGUAAUUGAUACGAGCGGCAAUGUUUUGCAAGAGUUACCAUUAAGAUUAAUUAAUGAAAAAGACAAAUUCUAUGUGACAGAUGAAUUUAAUCCACCAAGUACAGCGUUCAAAAUAUCCGUUUCGGGUUACGAUGUGGAAACAAAAACAACCGUGGAACGAAUGUCUGCCACUCCAAUUGAACGGCAAAACCCAAAACAUGCAGUAACAACAACUAAUAUCGCACCAAUGGUAAAAAUAAUAGACGGUCCAAAGAUAACCGUGGAUUAUAAUGUACCGUUAGACUUAAAAUGUAGAAUAAAUGGAUAUCCUAAACCCGAAGUAAUGUGGAUAGACACAAAUACGGGCUCGACUACACGCACUACUGUUUCAACGAUCGAGGCACCUAGUGAUUAUAUAAGCAUUCUGAAAGUAGAGAAUGCAAAUAAAAACUAUACCUUUGAAUGUAAGGCCACGAACCCGCUCGGAACAAAUAUGGAUCGUAUUCAAGUUGUAACCAAUAUUUUUUUUAAUGUUUUGGAAACACCAAAGGAUAUAACAGAAAUAGAAUAUGACAAGGAGGGCAUAAUUCCGUGCGUAGUAGAUGCUCAACCACCUGCAAUGACAUCCUGGUACAAGAAUAAUAAAUUACUGGUCAAUGAUACUAAUAUUGUUAUAGCUAGUGACAUGAGAACUGUCACCAUAAAACACAUGAAUCUUGAAUCACAGGGCAAUUUCAUGUGUGAAGUUAGGAAUGAACUCAAUAGAAAAGUUUUUUUUUCUAAAGUUAACGUGUUUGGUUUAGAAAAACCGAAAAUUAGCAAAACAGAUGAUAUCGUUCUUGUGACAAAAGGAGACGAUGCACAGCUCGAAUGUCGCAUAAUUGAAGGAAUUCCUAAACCCACGAUACAAUGGUAUUUUCAAACAGAGGACGGUGAAAAAUUUGAAGAAAUAAGUGAAACAAGCGAUAUUCUAAGGUUACAAGACGUAGACAUUGAUAAAAUCGGGACGUACUUGUGUAUUGCUAGCAAUGAGAUAGGAAAUGAGCGAUACGCCAUAGAUUUGAUUGUAGAAUAUCCACCCACAAUCAAGGAUAGCGAUAGCAAACUACAAGCUAAAGACGGCGAUGUGGUAACUAUUCCCUGUGAAGUAGAUGGUGUACCUACACCUAAAGUAAAAUGGUUUAAGGAUGGCAGCCCAAUAGAUCACUUAAGUGAUUUCCAAAUUACCGCCAAUCAUACUUUAAAGUGGCACGCAAAAGUAUUGUCUGAUAACGGGCUCUACACUUGUGUAGCUGAAAAUGCAUUUGGGUCUACCAACAAGACUGUUUUAGUUGAUGUGUUUGAUCCACCGCACAUAGAGCUUCCAAAGUUAUUUACAAUAAAGACUACCGUUGGACAGAAUAUUGUAUUACCAUGUCGCGCUGAUGGACAUCCACGACCAGUGAUUAGAUGGAUUUAUAAUGAUUUAGACCGAACAGUGACAGAAAACAUACGGUAUCAUAAAAAAAUAAUGGCGUUACGAUUAGGAAAUAUAAAGUUGAGAGAUCAGGGAUAUUAUACCUGUGUAGCGAGUAACGUCGGGGGAUCCACUAGGAUUACGUACAAAGUCGAAGUUAACGCUCCACCUGUAAUCAAAAAGUCCUAUCAAGAUAACAGUUUUAAAGCUGUAACAGGGGAUUUGAUGCUAAAAAUUUCGUGCAUAGCCACUGGCAGCCCAGAACCGACAAUCGCAUGGGAAAAGGAUGGUUUAAAUAUCGCUUUUGGCACUGAAUGGUAUGACAUAGACAAUGGAACGCUGAUAAUCAAGAAUAUUGAUAAAGGCUCUCAAGGUGCUUAUACAUGCUUAGCUCGAAAUAAAAUAGGGAAUGCUACUAUGAACUACUAUGUGACCGUCUCAGAUUAUCCAUUAAUUACUGGUCCCGUGUCUAAAAUGUUUAUUGAAGAAGGACAAUUAGUCAACUUACCUUGUAAAAUCCCUCAUACAAGGAUUGACACAGUCCGUUGGUAUAAGAAUCAAAAAAUUGUUGGUAAAGGUGAACUGAUACUCAGAAGAAUAACAAAAAGAGACGAGGGCACCUACUCUUGUCGCAUUAGUGACUUUGAAAAAUCCAGUUCAGCUCAUGUUCAUGUAUUAGUUGGAAAGAAGCCAUCAUUUAUUACAGAUGAGGAAGAAGUAAUUGACUUCUUAGAAGGUGAUUCAGUUCCUCUAAUUUGCGAAGCCAUUGGAGAUCCAGAACCCGAGAAGGUAUCCUGGCACUUCAACGGCGAAGAAAUGGAUGUAACAGAAAUGACCUACCAUUUGCGAAUGAUGUUGGAUAAUAGAGGAAAUUAUACUUGCGAAGUCAGCAACGAUUUUGGAACCAUCCAACGCUCAUUUAGGAUUGUAACCAAAGAUUGUAUAUUAGACAUGAAAAAAGACUUCCUGAAGGAUAAUGAACCUUUACUGUUAUCAGCAUCACUUACAUGGCCAUCUUUCAAUCUUUUCGAAGGGUACAUGUUUAUAGCCAAAAAUGAACCAUUUUAUUUACAUUGCCAAAAAGGCUUUCGUAGGUUUCCUUCAGUCAAUACUGUUAUGGGAUUUUGUGAAAGUGAAACGAAUAUAAAUAUACAAGGAAAGAUUUUCAAAUACACGGAUAUUAAAUGUAAUGAAGAAAAUGAACCAGCUAUCCGAAGAAGCUACUCAAGUUGUCGACCUGGCAAUACCGAAUAUAUACAAGUCGGAUAUCAAGUAUAUCACAGUUUUCUAGAAGUGUAUGAUGUGUGCUUGGAUAAAAAAAACAAUGUGCCUUUAUACGCUCAACACAAAAUAUAUGGGGAACAAAAUGGAGUUGUAAAAAAUGUUACGAAAUGGUACCGUAAUGAUUUGAUGACUCUUGAUUCCGAUUCAAUGUAUGACUGCAGGAGUCAAGUCGACGACAUAUCGUCUAAAUUAGGUAGACCUUUUCACCUACAUGACGAUUGUUGUUUCGGUAAAAGACAGCUGGUUAAUCCAAAAGACUUACGGCCUGGUGUACCUACAGCUGCGGUAUAUACGUAUUUAAACGUCGUGCCUCAGUGGAGUACAUGUAAUUCAAAGAAUUGGGACAAUUUAGAAGAAAAAGUAAGGAUGUUUAGCAAAUCGUUUGAAAAUACCCUUACAGUAUUGACUGGAACAGCAAACCGACAUCCAAGGUCCAGGUCUCGGCAACACAAAGGGAUUGUACUCCAUGACCAGCGCGGUAGAAAACAACCUGUAUCACAAUACUUGUGGAAGGUUGUCCAAAAUCCGGCGUCAUCAAGCUCUCUUGCUAUAGUACAAGUGAAUGUUCCCGAUUUAUCACCAGCAGACGUUCCCUCACAUAUUCACUGUAGAGAUAUCUGCAAUGAAAUUGAGUGGAUGAAGGACACCAAUUGGCACAAUGUGGCAGACGGUUAUACGUAUUGCUGUUCAAUCCUAGAUUUCGAGUCGGCUUUUAAUUUUAAAAGACAGUUCAGCCGCGAUAAAACCGCUGUUUUAUACAAUGACCUAAUCAUGCCGAGGUAUCAUUACAGUCUAACGACUACGUAA